GUUGGGGCAUCUGUCCAGGAUUUGAACUUGAACUUGAAGGCGGCCAAUGAUAGCAAUCAGCAGGUUUUGAAACACCAUGGCGCGUUGCACAAUCCAGCUCUGCACCAGGACUGCAAGCGCGUGCUAAAGCAUCUGAUCAUGGCGCCAGGGGUAGCCUGUUAUGAACCCUGGGCGUGUCUGUCUGUUUGAGAGUAUUUGGAACGUCCUGUUCAGGCAGGAGGUAGUGUUAGGAGACAAGUCGCACAAUCUUUGGGGCAGCCAAAUUGCAUGGUAGAACGCUGCCUUUUGGACGGUGAUUGAACCGUAGCUAGAUGGCCCGUCGCCAGCUUUGCUCAUCAGUCGCUUGGUGAAGAUCUGGGGACCAUGGCAGCUAGACAUUGCUGAAGGAACUUUUGCUUGCCUCAAGCAGUAUUAGUUCAGCGGAUACUAAGAGGCCGAGCUUUUAAGCUCAUUCUCACCACAGGGCAGCUCAUGUCGUCCAACUGAAAGCAACUGGUGCUCUUGUGACCAACAAAUUCCGAGCCUGAUACAUAGCUGUCUGCCGAUGGUUCAGGCCAACGGCAAACUCCUGGUGCCAUUAGCUGUCGUUAGAAGUCACGCCACUGUUGGGGUGGAGGUUAGCAACCAUCUUGCAGGUAGCUUAUGUCUGCAAUUAAGCAGGCGACACUCAAGCCUGGUGCAGUGUGCAAGUGAGAUGUGUGGUGGGGGGUGGAGGUAGCUCAUACAUUCCGGUUUGAUGUGGGCCCGCUGCCAGUGGGCCAUGGGCUUGCCUUGGAGAUCUAAGAAACAGGAAGACGAUUCUGAUGGCUCUGACUCUGGGGAAUGGGCGGAGCCAAAGAUGAAGUACACAGACGACCCCUGCAGGGCCCGCUCGUCCACCCGAUCAAGGGGCGAUGGCGGGGCCAAGUCGCGGACGACGGCGUCUCCCUCCCGCUCGCGAGGCAUGUCGAGCAACGCGCUCAAGGGGAUGCAAAACGGGCAGCUUGAGAGCACGGCGACGUCGCGCCCGAUGAAGCGGGUUGCGUCGGACCCGGGACUGCGGCGGCUGGGCUCGCGACGCCUGCUCAAUGGGCGGAGAAGCCCAAACGCUGCGCGCGCCGCUCGGGUGGCCUGGGUGGGCUGUGCAUGGCUUCUAUGGAUCACGUGCAUGGCCCUCUCCGGUUACUUCCUCCUCUCCAUGCUUCUCGAAGGCCACAUCGCGUCUAGAACCAGCUCCUCGCUUCCCACUUUACCUUCAGUGGGGGGGCACUCGAUUUUAAAUCAAGCUCCGAACGCCACUGCCACGAGUCUUGGCCUGGGGGGCAAGGUGCGCGAGCUUUGGGGGGGGUGGUUUAACAGCUCGGAGCCCGCCCCCCCGAGCUUGGAAAAGCACCAUCAGCUGCCAGACUGGGACCCUAGCACGGACGACAUCGAGAGCGUCCGGAAGGAAGUAGAUCUCGGACGGAAGGGCCGGUUCGGCGGCGCGGGGGGGUUGCUCCGGAAGGGCUUCCUGUGGCUUGGCCUUGGGAUGAAGCAUUCAAGUCACGAACACGCGUCACCGCGCGUUGACUUACCGACGGACAUUCCCGAGGUUGUGUUGAUCGAAGAGACGCCGGCUGAGGUAGACCGGUUGGAAAAGAAGCUGGAAGUGAAGGGGCAAGAGGGAGAAAAGGAGGAAGCUUGGACGUCAUUUGUGAUACCCUAUGGUUUGGAAGAUUUGGGGACGGGAGCUUCGGGCCUCUGGGCGCCGCCAGCGGGAGGGGCGUUCUCGGGCGCAGUUGCGGGAAAGCGCGUGCUUCUAGUGACGCGGGAUUGGCCUGAGGGGUGCUGCUUUGGUCGGACAAUGAUCAACAUUGCAGGUGCUGCGCUAUCUUCCAACGCCCAAGUGACCGCCCUCCUUCUUCCCCACCUUAAUCACGCCAGCAGCUCAGUGACCCAUGCGCGUCACCUCACAAGCCAACCCGACAGCCCCUCCGAAACCCUAGACGCCUCGACACCGUUUAGCGAGAAGCUCCGCUCUUUGGGCGUCAGCAGCAUCGGAUGGGCGUCAGAAGAGAGUUACACCCUGGCGGCGAAUAGUGACGUCAUCCUUGCUGUUUCGGCAUAUGCUGGCCCAUGGUUGGACGGCUUGUUGGCGGCGCAAUCGCAAGCGGGGGGCCGGGUCGCAUGGUGGAUCAUGGAGGGGAAACAGGCGGAGUUUGAUACUGCAAAGGGGGGGCUGGCGAGAAUGCUUGGCGGAGAAAGCGGAGAACGGGGGACGGCAAUGUUUGUAAACGCUUUCCAGGCAGAGAAGUGGCACGGCUGGCUUAGGACCGAAGUCUCCCACUUACAGGAGGCAGAGCAGCUGGAAACCUCAGCGCAGAAGCAUACUGGUGUGAACGGGGACGUUUUGCCUGGUAGAGAAGGGAGCGGAGCAGAGGAGAAGGGCGUUAACACCCAGACUGCGAGGCGAGAAGGGGAGAGGCGAGCUCUUGUCGAGUCUUCCGAGGAGCUCUCGGGAGGAGUGCAGAAGUUCCCAUCAGCGGGUCGGUUUGCAGAGAGCACAAGCCACGAGAAGAGCGCUUCUCUGCGGCGGCGUUUGCUCCAGGGGGGAGGGUUGCGGGGAGGCGGUCGAAUCAAAGAAACGGCACGACAGGGGUGGCUCAAAAUCGAGAACAAAGAGGAACUAGAGCGAGCUGCUCUGAAAACCGCAUCCGGCAAGACCGCGUCAUCCCCUGCCCUUGCACGGCUGGUGUCAGCGGUCUCAGGGGAUCCCCCCUGGUACAGCAUCGUGCCCAUGACGCUGGACCGGAACGUCCUGUUAGCGGCCGGGUUAGCGGAACCCGGGCAGCUUAACGAGAACUCGCUAACGACGGCGCGGCAGCACCGCGCGCUGCUGCGGAAGUACUACCGGCGUGACGUGUUGCACAUGUGGGACGAUGAUUUUUUGGUGGUUGUGGUCGGAGGGUUUAGUGCGGAGGAGGGGCAUCUGCUGACGCUGGAGGCGAUCAAUCAGUUGGCGAGCGAGCUUUCUGACAGUGACGACGAUGACGACAUCCCGGACCCCGACCGUGAGUUCAGCCUCUUUGACCGCGAAGGCAUCUGGGGGGGCAUCGGCGGCCUGCAAGGAGUCCCCGGAUUCACCCCCCUGACCGAAGGGACCGACUCUAUACCAAGCGAUGGAGAGGAGGCGAAGGUGGGAAUAGGCUCUUCGAACAACGAGAUUGUGGGGCGGUCGAUCGGCAUGGAGGUGCAAGACGAUCGAAGGCGGGUGCAAACGGGAACGGCGGAGCGAACUACUGGUGUGGAAAGCGGGUUUGGAAGAGUUUUGGAGUCGGGCGGGGGGGAUAUGGCGGUGGGGGUGGGAGAGCAAGACGAGCGGCGGGCGUUGGAUGCGAGCACACGAGCCGCGGAAAUGGCGCUCGAGAAGAUGGUGGGUCCUAGGGGCGAGGCAACGGGGGGUGCGCUGAAAGGGCCGUUCGAAGACCUGACGUUGGCCGAGCAGAUGGACGACCGGAGGCGGCGGUUGCUCAGCUUUGACGAGGAAACGGGGGAGCGGAUACAGCAGCAGCAGCCCCCGUCGCGGGCGCGAUCCGUUCCCGUAGUUAGCGACGAUUUGUUAAGAGGUACCCCGGCGCCCCCGCAGCGAGCAGAGGUAGCGUUAGAAGCAGCCGGCCGCGAGUUGUUGCGCCCCAUUAGUAAGCGGGUUAAGAAGCGGCUUAGCGCGACUCGCCGCCUGCACCAAGAGGGCGCCAGCCCGGAGCAGUCCCUUCGGGUCUUGUUCUUAACCACCGAUAGUUUGCCGCUAGCCCCGGAGAGCCGCUCGCACCUGGAGGAACUGCAGGGUUAUCUGAAGCAGCACCCGCGAUUACGGAGCGUGGUUAGCAUCGGCCACUUCAACAACUUCCAGGCGUCGGGGGUUUAUGCGUCAGCGGACGCCUUUAUUAUGAACCGACAGGUAGACGGAGUCGCGGUCAAUGGCAAGCUGCUACAGGCCAUGGCAUACGGGUUACCGAUCCUCUCCACCAGAGUCCUGCCCGCAGCAGGUUUGCUUGUCGAUGGCGAAAGUGCCGUCCUUCAUGACGUGGGCGGUUCUGGGGCCUCGAAAUUGGUAGCGGACCUUAACGUUAUGAUGCAAGAUAGAGAAAGUGCACGGCAACACGGACAACAUGCCGCUCAGUUCACUGAAGCAAGUUAUAUGGAGUCGGUCAUGUUUGACAGACUCGGGCACGCCAUGGCCGCUUUGCAACGAAGCAGGUAGUGAGUAUCAUUGUCCAAUAUUUUUUGUAGUUCGUCCAAGUAAGGUAGCUUCUUAGAGGUACGUACGUGUGUAGACAGUAUCCACGGUGCUAAAGAGUGAAGAUGAGCUGCUUAAGCCCGAGGUGAAACGACGUCGAGCUAGGACUUGGUGUUGAUGGUACAUUGGUGCUACUGAGCCGUCCCGUUGAGCGAUCAUUAUAAAGGCGUCUCAACUGACAAGCUAGCGCAGAG